AUUAUUUCACACAGAGUGAAAAAUGUAUGUUUAAAAAAUAACAACGCCAUGGUUUUGUUGAAAGUCACCAAACUUGUCAGACGAUUGGUGAAGUCGAAGAGUGUAAAUUUCACCUUAAAACUCGGUAUUGCAUAUGACAACGAUGAUACUUCAAAGGCAAAAAUGUGGGUUAUCAACAAUGAAGCCAUACUGGUUACAUUCACACAGACACAGAAGAAGUACAAGAAAUCUGACAAGAGACUAUAUCGCCAGGAAAAUAAUAUAUUUCCUCUUAAUCGUGUCAUACGAGCUCCCGACGAAUCCAGUGGAAAACGACAGAAAAAGAGAGGAAAUGGCAAGAAAAAUAAUAAGCUAGUUGACAGACCUCCAUAUCCAUGUGAAAAAUCUGAUCUAAUGGUAGACUUUGAGAAAAUUGGAUGGAGCGCUUGGGUUAUUUUUCCAAAAACCUUUAAUGCUUUUCAAUGUGUUGGAUCGUGUUCCAGUCGAGCGGAUGGUAAUCCCACUAACCAUGCUAUUAUACAGGGCAUGGUCCGCAAAGUGAGUUCAAACCACGUUCCGACUCCGAGCUGUGUUCCUGUAAAAUUAUCGCCCUUAAGUAUGAUAUACUAUGAACGUGGCAAUAUCGUUGUUAAAGAACACGAAGACAUGAUUGUCCAGGAGUGUGGUUGCAGAUAG